AUGGCGCCAUCUGCUACCGAGACUCAGGGCGCGGAUGACACCGUUCUCGCCCUGCGCAAAGUUGUUACCAAUGAGUCGGAACCUCUCGCUCGCCGCUUCCGCGCACUUUUCUCCCUCAAGCACCUGGCUUGCCUGCAGCCUCCCACCGAGCAGACUCUCCCAGCCAUUCAAGCUAUCGCCGCCGCUUUCGCGUCCCGUUCUGCCCUCUUGAAGCACGAGCUUGCAUACUGCCUGGGCCAGACCAGAAACCCCGAUUCUGUAUCAUACCUGCAGCAGGUGGUGAAGGAUGUCGAGGAGGAUGCUAUGUGUCGGCACGAGGCUGCCGAGGCUCUGGGUGCGCUUGGAUAUCCCGAAAGCCUGGAUAUUUUGAAGAAAUUGCGCGAUGAUGAGAAUGAGUUAGAAAUUAUUCGGGAGACCUGUGAUAUUGCUGUGGACCGUAUCCUUUGGGAGAAUUCCGAUGAGAAGAAGACCGAGAAGCUCAAGCCCAGUGACUUCACCUCCAUCGAUCCUGCUCCGCCCAUGCCGCUGGAGACCAGCGAGCCCUCCAUUCCCGACCUGGAAAAAACGCUACUCGACACCAAACUCCCUCUUUUCCAAAGAUACCGUGCCAUGUUCGGUCUGCGAGAUCUUGCUUCGCCCCCAGAUCUCCCCACUGCCGUUGACGCAGUGAAUGCUCUAUCCAAGGGCCUGAAGGACCCCUCUGCCCUCUUUCGUCACGAGGUUGCUUUCGUCUUUGGCCAGCUUUGCCACCCUGCCUCGAUUCCCUGCCUCACAGAAUGUCUGGGUGAUUUGAAGGAGGUUGGAAUGGUGCGACAUGAAGCAGCGGAAGCCCUGGGCAGCUUAGGUGACGAGGAGGGUGUCGAGGAUACUCUGAAGAAAUUCCUUAAUGACCCUGAGCAGGUGGUACGUGACAGUGUCAUCGUGGCUCUGGACAUGGCGGAGUUUGAAAAGAAUGGUGAGAUGGAGUAUGCGCUGAUUCCCGAGGGAGCUGCCGUGGUAUCUGCCGCGUGA